ACGACUCUCCCUGGGAGGCAGGCCAGUGUCACUCCGAGUGCCCAGACUUCCCAAAACUUCUGACUCGGAGUCACAGCUUUCGCUCCACCUCCCUCCCCACGUCCGUCGCCCAUUCAAGCCGAGCUAGUAGCUCAUCCCACCCCGUCUCACCGCACUCCAACCCACCCCACCGCUCAUCCCACCCCGCCUCAGUCCCGCAUUUUCCCCUCGCCAUGGCCGUCAAGGCGCGCGAGCCGCGCGGCACGAGGCUCAUGCGCCUCUGCGUCGCGGUCCUCUUUAUCGCCACGGUGCUCGACGGCGGCGCGGCGGGCGCCGCCAGCGGCGGCGCACCGUCGCCGUUCCCGCAGAAGUCCCAAGGCCUCCUCAACCGUCACAACGCGUGGCGCCUGAAACACUCGCGCAAGCCGCCUACUGGCGCCGCCGCUGGUGCUACAGCCGGCGGCGCCGCUGCUACAGCCGCCAAAGCCGGAACGAAGACGCUGGUGACGCCUGCCGCGACGAGCACGUGCCAAACGUCGACGCUCGCAGGAUACACGAGCUCCAUGGACCUCUCGGGCAACGGGCUGGUCCUCCACUGGAAGAAGUCAACGGGGUCAACGAUCGACCUGGCCCUGGAAGCCAAGUCAACGAGCGGCGCGGCGAGCGGGUGGUUCUCCGUGGCGUGGACCAACGGGGGCAUGUUUAACUCGGACGCCGUCAUCGGGAACAUAGCGACGGGGACCAGCGUCGGCACGUACGCGAUAUCUAGCUACUCGAGCGUGGUUACCACGUCGCGGUUCGCUAUAACCGCCGCGAGUGUUACAAGGUCGGGCGGGAGCACGAUCGCGAAGUUCACGCGAUCGACGGGCGACGGGACCGUGGCGGUGAACGUGGCGGGGAGCAACAAGCUCGUGUGGGCCUUCUCGUCUGGCGGCUCCAAGACCGUCGCCAACCACGGCGGCAGCCACAGAGGCGCAAAGACCAUUGACUUCUCUUGUGACGGAACAGCCUCGGGCUCAGGCUCGGGAACCGGCUUGGGAACUGGCUCGGGAACAGGCACGGGAACAAGCUCGGGCACUGGAGCAGGGACGUGCACGGGCAACACGGGCGUGAGCGGCACUGCAUGUCCCGCGUCCACUCUCUGCGGCUACUCCUACCAGGCCCAAAUCAAAUCCGGCGUGCUGCUGCAUUGGAAGAAGGUGUCGGCCACGCAGUUGGACAUGGCUGUCGAGCUCAAGACCAGCAGCGGCGCCAGCAACGGGUGGUUCGCGCUCGGCUGGGCCAACGGGGGCUCCAUGGCUCCCUCCGACGCAGUCAUCGGCAACAGGGCGGGCGGGAUUGUGAGCCCAUACCGAAUCACAGGCUACACUAUGAAUUCGUUACAGGGCGCCUCGUUUAGCAUUGGCAGUGGUGCGGGGACUGUGAAGUCCGCUACUGGCUCCACCACAGUAAUCCAGUUCUCGCGCACAACUGGCACGGGGUCCAUUCCCAUCAAGAUGAGUGGCGUCAGCCAUCUCAUCUGGGCUCACUCCAACUCCAACUCCAAGACCCUUGCGUUCCACAGCGGUGCAGAUGGUCGCAUGUCUGUGGACUUCUCUUGUGCCAUGUCCCCGUCGUCCGUGGACGAUGGGGGGUACGAUCAUGACGGUGAUGACCAUCAUGGGGGGACGAUCAUUAUGGCGACGGUGAUGACUGGCAGCGGGGUGGUGGUUCAGGUUCGGGUUCCAGUGGGGCUUUCCUCUCGCAGCUCAUCUCUUGGCUCGGCUUGCUCUUUGGCUUCCGCAAGUAGAGGGUGUCAAACAUGUGUAUUUGUCAUGUUUGGUGGAGAGGUUGUGGCGGUGGUGGUGGCGGUGGUGGCGGUGGUGGUGGUGGUGGUGGUGGUGGUGGUGGUGGUGGUGGUGUGCUGCUUGUCAUAAACUAAUAUAUCAAUUAGAAUAUA